AUGGAUCCUCUAGUGUAUAAUGCUGCCGUUUCUGGUGAUAUUGGUAUCCUUGUGCAAAACAAGGACAAACUUGUGAUUGAAGUCACCCCAACCAAAAAUAGUGUCCUCCACCUUGCAUGCCAAUCAGGCAAAAUAGAAUGUGUGCUGCAGAUUCUUUUAAUGCAUAAAUCUCUAUUACGUAAAAAGAAUUCAAAUAAGGAUUCUGCGUUUCACAUGGCAGCCAAAAAUGGAUACUACGACGUAGCCAUGGCCCUCAUGGAAUGUGCACUAGGCAUGGAAUGUGCAGUUGUUAAAUUUGUGAAGAAGAUGCUGCGAAGGAAGAAUCUGAAUAAGCUUGAAGCCCCUGAGUUUUUACAUGCUAAUAAUGUAGGGGAGACCCCGCUUUAUAUUGCUGCCGAGAUGGGAUAUGAAAAUUUGGUGGCAAUGAUUUUGAAAAAAUGCUCCUCACCACCUUAUAGUGGUUCAUAUGGGAGAACAGCUUUGCAUGGAGCAAUUAUCUCCAACAGCGAAG